AUGAUGCAAGAGGUUUGCAACAGCUUCCCUAAUUUACAGCAUCUGAGUCUAGCUCACUGCAGAAAAUUCACAGACAAAGGUUUACUGUACCUGGGCUCUGGAAAAGGCUGCCACAAGCUCCGCUAUUUGGACCUUUCAGGUUGCAUUCAGAUUUCAUCUGAUGGCUUCAGAAAUACUGCCAAUGGAUGCAGUGGGAUUUGAGAUUUGCUAAUCAACAAAAUGCCAACUCUUACAGAGAGCUGUAUUCAGGCUCUGGUUGAAAAAUGCCAACAGAUGUCUGUUGUCUUUCUUGACUCUCCACAUCUUUCUGAUACAACUUUUAGAGCUCUUGCUGAAUGUAAACUUAUCAAGGUCAACAUUGAAGGGAAUAACCAAAUUACUGAUUCAAGUUUUGAACUGAUGACUAAAGGCUGCCCGUAUGUCAGGCACAUUCAUGUGGCUGAUUGCCAGAAGAUUACAGACACUGGUCUGAAGAUGCUUUCCCCAUUGGAGCAUAUUGUACUGAACGUAGCAGACUGCAUAAGAAUCAGCAAUGGUGGUGUAAGGCCAUUUGUACAAGGCUCUUCGGGAGCUAAGCUAAGAGAGCUGAACCUGGCAAAUUGUAUUCAUUUCACUGAUGCUUCUGUCACAGAAAUAGGACAAAGGUACUGUAGUGCAGUAUAUUUUUCAUUCAUCCAUAUAUGGUCAGUGAGUGCUGGUUUGCAGAACUUGGCAAUGUCCUCAUUGCUGUCUACCAUUACUUGUGUAGCUGUAGAUUGGAGUGGGUUCAGUCAUAAGGGCCUGAGAGCCCUUGGCUGCUAGGGGAAAACAAAGGAACUUUCAGAGUGCAGAAACAUCCCAGUGAUACUGGGAUUCAGCGACAGCUCCUGCAGAGCCUCUUGCAGGGGUUCAGAAUUCUGCUAUGCUAAACCUCUCUUUCACAAAAUAUUGUACAAUACAGUUUUCCCACAAAUCAGACACUGAAAUCAUGCUCUAUGUUUUCUUAUCUUCAGCUGUUGAAUAAUCUUCCAACUUCUGCAUCUCUCAUUGCUUCAUUUACAGAUGACUGAUAGCUGUAUUCAGUAUUUGGCUGCAGCCUGCCAUUAUCUUCACUUCUUGGACGUUUCAGGUUGCAUUCAUCUUACUGACAAAGCACUGAAAUGUCUUUGGAAAGGUUGUAAGAGACUCUGAGCCCUCAAGAUGCUGCAUUGCAGAAAUAUUACCAAGAGGAUAUUUCAUUAUGUUAAUUCAUUACAAGCUGUCUUGAAACACACAGCCAAGCUGGAGAGACAACAACAGAAUGAUGCUGACCCUUCUUCCUGGCUUCGGUAUGACUGUGAUUAUAGCAUGCUCUCCUUCACCAAAACACACACAGCAAAGCUUGUGUAAACAAA